AUGGAGGAACCUAGAUGGAAACGUCGAAAAAAAGCACCACAUUCAACACUGGAGAAGGUCAGUAAGCUUAUCCUGCCUGACGUGGCUCACAGAUUCCUGUUCGGACCAACAUCUGAUUUCCCCUUGGCCAGACUUUUAAUCGGAGCUGCAUUCGGAUCCAUCAGUGGGACUGCUUUGUUUCUUGGACUCAUGUACAACAUUUCACUGAGCACCUUUCACAGAGUCAUAGUUGGAUAUGUUUUUAUAGCACUGUGUGUCCUAGGUGGGAUGCUGUCUUCAUAUUUUCGGUGCUCAGUUCUUCUGAUGUUUCCCAGCAUUCUUGGCUCUCGUGGACAGGCUUAUAUAAUGUUGUUCAUAAUACAGUGUCUCUAUCAAGGUCCAAUCGCCAAUAUCCAACAUAAUGUCGAGGAUGUGGUCUUCUCUAUGGGCUGCAAUAUAGACCUGCAAAUUGGGCACAGUAAGAUUAUGUGGAGGACUGUUUCUGAACCAUUUUUUCAGGUGCUACAGGAGAUCGUGGCUGACAAUGUGCAACUCCAGAGAGAGGCGCAGAAUGUGAGUCGACAGUUCCAGGGCAUCAGGGAUGAGGUGAUGGGCCAGUAUGGCUACGAUUCACUUGGUCAGAAUCUUACAGCUACAGGCAACAGCACACAGGAGCAGUACACUGCAAAGACCAUGAUGCGCUGUGAAUAUGUGGUAAAGCUGGGCAUUGAUCGCUGCACAGAGUGGUUCAGUGAUACAUGGCUGAAGUGCAUGGACACUGUUAAAUCCCCUAUCAUCAACCAUUUCCUUUGUGUGCCUAUGAAGUUCGAUUUUCUCUGUAAUAUUAUGAGAGUAAUGACUCCAUGGUGUAAGGAACAGAUCCCAGUGGAGGGAAACUUUGGACAGACCUUUGACAAGCUCGAUUCCUACAUCAGUAAACUCGGGGAAGAGUUUACCACCAACGUGGUCCUUGAGAAAAUUGAGGACCAGCCCAUGUUUGGAGACACAGUUCUGCAGGAUGAAUUUCGCAAAGACCUAGCCAGGACAUUUAAGGAGAAGAGAAACACUGUUAAGCAAAUAUCAGGGAUUGUGCAGCUCCUCCUCUCCUUCACGUUCAUAACUGUUUUCAUUUCGGCUUUUAGAUACGCACGACAAUACACCAGAGAUAUCCGCUUUGACAAUGUCUACAUUACAACCUACUUUAGACAGAUUGAUAAGCGGCGAAAGAGAGGGGGUAAGAGGUAUCUGCUGCCCUUGAAGAAAGCAGAAAAGAACAGUUUCAUCGAGCCCUGGAGCUUCAGAAUCCAUUCCAGUGAGCUGCAACCUGUGACAACAAGCCUGGUCAAGUUUGUAUUUCUGGCUCUGUUUGUAUGCGUUCUGCUAGCCACUGAUAGAGUCCUUUACCAUAUUUUCGACAUCAUCCGUAGGCAUACUUUUACAGAGCAUUCUUUUACAAGUAGUCAUGACAUAGAGAUUGACAUUACAGGAGAAUCCAUGUUAGCUAAGCUGCUGCGUAAAACUAUCGGGGCCUUCAACACCUCCUCGAACAUCGAUGUGCAGUCCAGUAAUUGGCAGUGUCUCCCACAGCCUCGUGCCCUGAGCCAGGCUGACUACCUGUGGAGUGCCCUCCCAAUGCUGCUGAUGGGCCUCAUGUGCUGCCUGCAGGUUUAUACAAACCGCCUACGCAGGGUCAUCACCACCUUCUACUUCCCCAAGAGAGAGAAGAAACGGAUUCUUUUCCUCUAUAACCUCCAGAACCAGAGACGCAUUACUUUUAUCAAGCGGAUGAGCAAACGGCUCAGGCAUCAGCGACAAGCACCAAAAACGGUGUUGUCCGUGCUGCUGUCUCCACUGGAACGGUUCGGGUGGGGUGUGUGUUGGUGUUGGGUGUGUGUGGAGAGUGUGUGGCAGCGGCGGGCUGUGUAUUGUUCUGUUGUGGGCUGUAAAGCGCUUUACUGUGCACAGUGCUGGAGGGAUUUGGAGAAGCACUGUGUCUGUUCCUUACACCAGGAUAGAGAGUCUCAAGGCAGUGGCUCGGACACAGACACAGUGUACUAUGUUCAUUAA